GCCAAGAUGGCGUUUUUUCGAGUCGCACUCUUCCUGUUGCCGUCAUUCUACUACUUCACUUUAAUAUCAUGCAGGCCGGCAGGUGUCCACCUGCGGAGCAUGGACAACUUCAUCGAUGCGGUGCGACAGGUGGAAGAAUCCAACCCGGGUCUGUCCCCACUGGCGCUCGUAAGAGCCUUGCGCAGGACCGCCGGCCAUGAUGACGCCAUGACCAUCCACUUCCUGGGGGCUUGGAAUAACCUCACGGAUGCGGAAGGGCUAGAGACGGCCAUCCUCAACGCCUCGUCCUUCAGCUUCUUCGACAAGGCAGUCCACCACAUCGUAACGGACAGCGGCGAAGAGCGAGGGGUGACGCUUACCCGGGACGGCACCACGGUCGCCCUGGCACCUUUGCUGCUGGGGAUCGAAUCCGGACUCAAAGCCAAGUUGGAGUCGACCUCAGCCGUUGGACUCUUUCCUCUCACCUUGGGAAGGACACUUGGGUUAACCUUUCUCAGCCUCCAGGACAUCCCAGUGUCCAAUCGCCUGGGGCCUGAUGGGUGCUGGGACAGUGUGGAGCGCCCCAAAGUGUUCAAACUCUCUUGGCCUGCCACCCUGGCCACAGACGCAGUUAUAAGUGGGGGCAUGGAUGGAGUAAUACUGGGCACGGACAUCAGCCGAGUCCCCAAAUCUGAAAAGCCACGUGCGCUGAGUGAGACCCUCAAAGAAUACUACAGUUUUACCCUGAACGCAAGCCAGGGUCUUGAUACCUUGCCGAGCCAUGUUAGUCCACGGCGUAGGGAGAUCUCUCGAUCCAUUCUGGAGCCCCUUGACCUUCAGAAGGAGCUGAUGGACACGCUUGAACUAGUCUGGAAGUUGGAGAAGACGGAGUGGGUGGCUUUGGACACAGGAGUCAACGAGGCGGUGAAGAAGGGACUAGAGGCAUUUGUGCACAAGUACUGGGAUUGUCCUCAAAUCAUCUCUCGCUGCCAGUGGAGGGCAAAGGCUUACAAGGGAACCCCCAUCCCACUGUCUUUACCCCUUGACUUUCUCUACAUUCACCACACCUAUGAGCCCUCGCAGCCGUGCCUGUCCUUCUCGGAGUGUUCCCGGGACAUGAGAGCCAUGCAGCGUUUCCACCAGGUGGUCCGCAACUGGAGUGACAUUGGAUACAGCUUCGUGGUUGGCUCGGACGGUUACGUCUACGAAGGCCGGGGCUGGAACAUCCUCGGCACGCAUACGCGAGGACACAACAGUCUCGGAUUCGGCGUAUCGAUCAUCGGCAACUACACGUCAACUCUUCCGUCGCUUCACGCCCUGGACCUUGUACGCCGCCGCUUGACGCGCUGUGCGGUGGGCGGGGGGAAGCUCGUGGCCAAUUACACCGUCCACGGCCACAGGCAGACGGUCAACUACACGUCUUGCCCCGGAGAUGCGUUCUUUAAUGAAAUUACACAAUGGGAUCAUUUCAGACGUUGAUUGGCACGUUGAAACCCGAGAAGGCGUGCUGACCAUCGGAGAGUUUCCUGCGCUAGGUGUCAAUUGGAUUUAGCUUUCCCCUUCUGUGUCAAAGUCUGCAAAGCGUGCAUGUGUAUAUAGUUCCAAAUAAAGUGGUUUAUUCUGAACUCGGC